AGUGGAAUCAGUGGAGAAACCGGGAUAAAAAGGGGAAACUUUCCAGCAUUCGAAUAAAACUGUUAUUAAAGCUGCGAAGAAGAGGAACGGAAUAUACAAUAUCUGAAACAAGGAUCUUUUUUUCUUUCCAUUUUUAAGAUUUUUAAACUUUUUUAUUGAAAGGAGCUUCUUAAGAUUUCAAGAUGAUGCUGUGUGGCAUCUUUUUUCUGCUGAUGCUUUCGAGUUGCGAUGGUGCCAGAUUGGCAGAGAGUCGCGAUGAUAGCAGUGUGUAUGACCUAUUUGAGCUGGCGAGGGUGAGCAAAAGACACAACGGAGUGAGUCUAGUCAAAGGCGCAGACCCUUACAGUCCCGCAUACAAGGUCCUGAACGCAGACCUGAUUCCCCCAGUCCCCGACGCCUCCUUCAGGGACCUCCUCGAUUCCAUCCAGGCCGAGCGGGGAUUCCUCCUGCUACUUAACCUGAAGCAGUCCAAGAAAACUAGAGGCAGCCUGCUGACAGUCGAGAAGACCGACGGAUCUGGCCCUAUCUUCGAGAUCAUUUCUAACGGGAAGGCGAACACUCUUGAUCUGGUCUACUCCACCGAGAGGCAGCUGCAGGUGGUGUCCAUCGAAGAUGCCGGCUUGGCCAAUGGGCACUGGAGGAACCUCACGCUGUUCAUCCAGGAGGACAGGGCACAGCUUUUUGUGGGCUGUGAAGAGAUCAAUGUGUCAGAGCUGGAUGUGCCAAUCCAAACUUUACUGUCCAGGGAGUUGGCAGAUAGAGCCAGACUCAGGAUUGGAAAGGGGGCGGUGAAGGACAAGUUUAUGGGAGUCCUCCAGAAUGUCCAUUUUGUCUUUGGAACUUCUCUAGAUGCCAUACUGACCAAUAAGGGAUGUAAAAGUGGAGCUGCUUUAACCCAAAUGAUGACCCUGGACAACCCGGUCAAUGGUUCCAGUCCUGCCAUUAGAACCGAUUAUACUGGUCACAAAUCCAAAGAUCUGCAGACUGUCUGUGGUUUCUCAUGUGAGGACAUUACCAGCAUGUUUAAGGAGCUCAGGGGACUCAAUGUGAUUGUUAAGCAGCUGUCAAAUGAACUCCAAAAAGUGUCUACUGAUAGUGAGUUACUGAAAAAUCAGAUCAUCAUCCACAAUGGAGUCUGCAUCCAUAACGGCAUUGUGCACAAGGACAAAGAUGAAUGGACAGUGGAUGGCUGCACAGAGUGCACCUGUCAGAACUCUGCAACCAUAUGUCGCAAAAUCUCCUGUCCUCUCAUCCCCUGUGCCAAUGCCACUGUGCCCGAUGGAGAAUGCUGCCCACGCUGUGGAACACCGAGUGACUUUCCUGAGGGUGGUUGGUCUGCCUGGUCUGACUGGACCCAUUGUUCUGUGACUUGUGGUCGUGGAAUCCAGCAGCGUGGACGCUCCUGCGACCGCAUCAACAGCAAGUGUGAGGGCACAUCUGUCCAGACCCGUGACUGCUACCCGCAGGAAUGCGACAAGCGCUUCAAGCAGGAUGGAGGCUGGAGCCACUGGUCACCAUGGUCUUCAUGCUCUGUGACCUGUGGCAAAGGGGUCAUGACACAGAUCCGUCUCUGCAACUCCCCCACACCGCAGAUGGGUGGCAGAGACUGCCAAGGAGAAGGACGUCACACCAAAGUCUGCCAAAUGUCACCUUGUCCCAUUAAUGGAGAAUGGGGACCUUGGUCACCAUGGGAUACCUGCUCUGCAACCUGUGGUGGAGGAGUCCAAACAAGAAACCGUCUCUGCAAUGAUCCGAUGCCUAAAUAUGGAGGAAAAGAUUGCAUUGGUGAUGCUACCAUGGUUCAAAUCUGCAACAAACAGGACUGCCCUAUUGAUGGUUGCCUUUCCAACCCAUGCUUCCCUGGUACAAAGUGCACCAGUUUCCGUGACGGCUCAUUUGAGUGUGGCAAGUGCCCACUUGGCUACAGUGGUGAUGGGAUUACCUGCACAGACAUUGAUGAAUGCAAAGAGGUCCCAGAUGCUUGCCAUACUCACAAUGGAAUUCAUCGUUGUGAGAACACUGAGCCAGGAUACAACUGCCUCCCCUGUCCUUCACGUUUCUCUGGUCCCCAACCUUUUGGAAGAGGUGUGGAAGAGGCAACUGCUAAAAAGCAGGUGUGCACUCCCCGCAACCCUUGCAAGGAUGGUAGCCACAACUGCCAUAAAAAUGCGAACUGCAUAUAUUUGGGCGUCUACUCCGAGUCAAUGUUCCGCUGUGAAUGCAAGCCAGGAUAUGCUGGGAAUGGCCGGAUUUGCGGAGAGGACAGUGACCUGGAUGGAUGGCCUAACACUGAUCUGCCUUGUGUGGAGAACGCCACUUAUCACUGCAAAAAGGAUAACUGCCCCAAUCUUCCCAACUCUGGCCAGGAAGACCAUGACAAAGAUGGCCUUGGGGAUGAAUGUGACCAUGAUGAUGACAAUGAUGGAAUUCCCGAUGAUAGGGAUAACUGUCCAAGAGUGUACAACCCUGCCCAGUAUGAUGCAGACAGGGACGAUGUUGGUGACCGCUGUGACAACUGUGUGUUUGAGGCUAAUACUGACCAAACAGACACAGACAACAAUGGAGAGGGAGAUGCCUGUGCUGUCGACAUUGAUGGUGAUGGUAUUCUGAAUGAGAAUGACAACUGCCCAUAUGUGUACAAUGUUGACCAGAGAGACACAGACAGAGAUGGUGUUGGAGAUCACUGUGAUAACUGUCCCCUCGAGCACAACCCAGACCAGGUUGAUUCUGACUCAGAUCGUAUUGGAGACAAGUGCGAUAACAACCAGGACAUUGAUGAGGAUGGUCACCAGAACAACUUGGAUAACUGCCCAUACAUUCCCAAUGCCAACCAGGCUGACCAUGACAAAGAUGGCAAAGGUGAUGCUUGUGACCAUGAUGACGACAAUGAUGGCAUUCCUGAUGAUAAAGACAACUGCCGAUUGGCUUUUAACCCUGAUCAACUGGACUCUGAUGGUGAUGGCCGUGGAGAUAUUUGCAAGGAUGAUUUUGACCAAGACAAUGUCCUGGACAUCCAUGAUGUUUGCCCUGAGAACUUUGCCAUCAGUGAAACAGACUUCCGCAGAUUCCAAAUGGUACCCUUGGAUCCCAAAGGCACCUCUCAGAUUGACCCCAACUGGGUGGUGAGGCAUCAAGGCAAAGAGCUGGUGCAGACUGUCAACUGCGAUCCUGGCAUUGCUGUUGGUUACGAUGAGUUCAGUGCUGUGGAUUUCAGUGGAACGUUCUUCAUCAACACAGACAGAGAUGAUGAUUAUGCCGGGUUUGUGUUUGGCUACCAGUCCAGCUCCCGCUUCUACACAGUGAUGUGGAAACAGAUCACACAGACCUACUGGUCCCACACACCCACUAGAGCUCAAGGCUACUCUGGCUUGUCAAUCAAAGUUGUAAAUUCCACCACAGGGCCUGGCGAACAUCUCAGAAAUGCUCUGUGGCACACCGGAGACACCGCAGGACAGGUCCGUACUCUGUGGCACGACCCUAAGAACAUUGGCUGGAAGGACUUUACCGCCUAUAGAUGGCACCUAACCCACAGACCCAAGACUGGACUUAUUAGAGUGGUCAUGUAUGAAGGCAAGAGAAUCAUGGCGGAUUCUGGAAACAUUUAUGAUAAGACAUAUGCUGGUGGGCGACUAGGCUUGUAUGUCUUCUCUCAGGAGAUGGUUUACUUCUCAGACCUCAAAUAUGAAUGCAGAGAUACAUAAUUGCACCACAGAGCCUUCUGGAAGAAUGUAUCAGCGUAGGCCUACAUCAGUUUCAGUUUCAUUUAUUUGUCCUCUGAGAAAUGCACAAUGGAGGAAGGUUGAGCAAAGGAGAUAAGGGAGAGAAAGGGACCUCAGGAGUCGAAGCCAAAUAAAAAGGAAAAGUUAACUGCACAAAUUGGGCGUGCAGUUCUGCUAAGAAGAAAUCGCCUCUCUUUCUCUGUCUGCGCUGAGCUGCAUCAGAAGAGGGCCACAUUUUAUUGCUUUGCACAACUGAACUGUUAUUCCUCUAUGGAUGAGGGAGAAAAGGGAAGAGAGUUGUUCUUUUUUUAUAUUUUUACACUAAUUUUGAGCAUUAACAUACAUCUGCUGUGGACUGAAUGAUACAGUACUCAGAACAAAGAAAGUAUUAAAAGACAUUUUUAAGGAUGGGGUAAAAGAAAAGCAGAAAGUAAUCCCCUGUGAAGGAACUGUUGAGGGACUGUGGACAGUAAAGAAUGACUGUUCUUAUUGAAGAGAGUGAAUGUUGUGUUUUUUAUGCAUGAGUGACACCAAAAAAGAAUAGAAAUGAAGACAUUAAUAUCUGAAUUUAAUUAUAAUUUUCCUGGUGACCCCCUCACUUGGCUGCAGAUACAAUGUCCUGGCCCAAAAAAUACUCUUCUCAGGAAAGAAAAACCGUGAGCAGGAGAACUUGGAACACAAUUUGUAUUUAUAUUAAAAUUUCAAUUAUAGUGAAGGCCAGCUAUCUUUAUUCUUUCAUCAAAGAGGUUUUAAUUUUAGCUCCUCACUGCAUCUUGCUAUCAUUAAAUAUUAUGAGCAACCUUCUAUGGUUAACAUCCUCUAAAUAUAUGCAGUUACUUCUAAUUAUGUGAAGUAGAAAACAACUGUGUCCUGCUUUCUGCACAGUGUGCAUGAUGGCGUGCCUGGGUUUGAGUGUUUUUGACAAAGGAGGGAAAAAAGGAAACCCUUUAUGUACAAAUAUUACCUCAUUGUUUUUAUUAAGGCCAGCAAUACAAAAGAAACACUUGUUUUUAGUAACAGAGUAUAAAUUUGUUGGCUUACUUUUUUAAAAGCAAGACUAUUAUCAUUCAUAUGCUGUAUAUAAGAUAUUUUUCUAGUACAAGAAACUCGAACAGGAAAGGAUUAAAAAGAUGUUUUGAAUAUGUUUUGCAUUAUGUAUUACUUGUGCCUUUUUGAUAAAUUAUUCUGUUUUUUGUCAUUUGUGUAGAUAUAUGCUAUUUAAAUAAUUUAUCUCGAGGUGUAACCUCCUAUGGAAGCGUUUCUAUCUGUAUAAACCUUUUUGCACACUGACAUGAGGAUGUCUUUGUUAUUUUGA